UCCGUCUGAACUAGAGGGGUAAAGCGCUGCGUUAGUUCUCUGUGUUCUGCGCCGUCCCCAGGUCGAAGCCUGCCCUGUGGGGUGGCUGCUGCCGGCCGUGAGGAAGCAGCUGAGGCUACUCGCGCCGAGGCGCCCUCCUGCGGCCGGGGCAUGGCGGCAGAGGAGUCCCAGUACCUGCUGGUUCACCCUACUUCGGACGCUUACCUGAGGUGAGGGUUGGUGCUGCGUCUCUGCCUCUGGUGGGCUUAGGGACAGCCCCGCUGCGCUGGAGCUCGGCCGCUGCCGAUUUCGGUGGCGCAGGGGGGAGCGGAAGGGAACGCAGAAAAUGUGGCCUCUGGGUCAGAGCCUCUGUCGGGCCCAUCCGCGCGUUAUCGGCGCCAUGAGGGGCCGGAGCCGUGAGGGGGAGGCGGCACGGUCCUUGUUGGUCUCUUCCUCCUCAGAGUGCAAAACAAGAAGCUGUACCUGGCCACGUUCGCUGCUGUCCUGGGACCGCUUAGCUUUGGCUUCGUGCCAGGCUAUAGCUCACCUGUUAUUCCAGAGCUGAAGAAAAUCGGCAAUCCGGAAUUACGAUUGGACAGCAAUCAGGCAUCGUGGUUUGGGGGACCACAGAAAAUCAGCUUGUGAAUAAAUUGGGUGCAAUCCAUUGACAUAGGGAAUAUCAACUUUUGGGAUAAAGGCUGGACUUCAAGUUAUUCAAGUCUGUAGUAACAUUAGGAGCUGCUGCUGGAGGAAUACUGGGAGGCUACCUUGUGGAUAAAAUUGGGAGAAAGCUGAGUCUGAUGCUGUGCUCAGUACCAUAUGUCUCUGGAUAUAUAGUUAUUAUUUCAGCUCAGAAUGUCUGGAUGCUUUAUUUUGGACGAAUACUAACCGGCUUAGCCAGUGGAAUUACUUCACUUGUUGUUCCGGUAUAUAUAUCAGAAGUAUCUCAUACAAAUGUUCGUGGUAUGCUUGGCUCUUUUGUCCAGUUGAUGGUGGUGACUGGCAUACUCGGAGCCUACAUUGCAGGAAUGACACUAAAAUGGUGCUGGCUGGCAGUAUUGUGUUCUUUUCCACCCUGCAUAAUGCUUUUGUUUAUGCUAUUCAUGCCUGAAACACCAAGAUUUCUGCUGGAUCAGAAGAAACAUGCAGAAGCUAUAGCUGCUUUACAGUUUCUGCGGGGACCAUAUGUGGACCAUGAAUGGGAAUGUAGGCAAAUUGAAGCUAACGUUGAGGAGGAGGUACUAAGCCUCUCUGAAUUUAAGAAUCCUUCAGUGUACAGGCCACUUCUUAUUGGUGUGACUCUGAUGUUUCUCCAGCAAGUAACAGGCAUUAAUGCAGUUAUGUUUUAUGCAGAAACAAUCUUUGAAGACGCAAAUUUCCAGGACAGCAGAAUGGCUUCUGUUAUUGUGGGUUCCAUACAAGUAUGCUUCACUGCUGUGGCUGCACUCAUCGUAGAUAAAACAGGAAGAAAAGUGCUGCUUUAUGUGUCUGGGAUAAUCAUGGCUCUCAGUACUGCAUUGUUUGGGUUUUACUUUAAAAUGGUCCUUCCAUAUGGGAACAACUCAUCAAAUGCUGAUUUGUGGCUUACUUCAAAUUCAGUAUUUCCAGGAACAGAAAGUAAACUAUCCUGGCUUGCAGUAGUAAGCCUAGGACUCUUUGUUGCUGGUUUUGCCCUUGGCUGGGGUCCAGUUCCGUGGCUGGUAAUGUCUGAAAUCUUCCCACUUAAAGCAAGGGGCAUAUCCAGUGGUGCCUGUGUGUUAACAAACUGGGUUAUGGCCUUUUUGGUGACCAAGGAAUUUCAUGAUUUUAUAGGUUUCUUAACAUCCUAUGGGACAUUCUGGCUCUUCUCUGCCUUCUGCUGCCUCAGUGUGAUUUUUACAUCCUUCUGUGUUCCUGAAACAAAAGGACAGACCCUGGAACAGAUUGAAGCCUACUUCAGAAAAUCUUAAAUAUGAGGCUUUUACUGAUAUGAAACCUUUACAUCAUUAAUUACGGUGCUAUUGCUAGAACUAACUCUCACUUGGUAGACAGUUACACAACUUCCUGUCAUAUUGUUUUAAGGAGUUUUGUAAAAAUCUAUUUUUUUUAUUCUCCCCAAAGAUCUAUAGGUAUUUGCAUGCACUUAUCACUGCAUACUCACUGUAGUAUAUCUUCCUUGUACAGGUCUUGGACAUAUAUUUUUUAAUUACUGCUGGUUGUGUUUGUUUGUUUUUCCCCACCUGGUGCAGACUGACAGCAGUGGCCAUGAAGGAAUGUUAAAUGUAUUGUCUGCUAUCUUUUUUUCUGAUAUGUAAAUUGAGAUCUAAUUUAAAAAAAAAAAUGAAAAAAUUUCUUGUCCCUCUUUACAUUUCCAUCCAUA